UUCCUCAGGACAUGAGCGUUUUGUCCAGAGGCUUAUUCACUACGAUAAUUCUGUUGCAAAACGUUUUUCUAACGGAAGCAAAUGGGGGACCUAACUCAAUUUGUCCAGUGGAAACUCGUUUUCGUUAAACGUUUUCCGUUUGGAGUAAAGGAUUUAUGUUGCAAUUCAACCGACGUAAUGAAUACACCCCUGAUGUAGUAGGAGGCUAGAAAAACAACGUGUAAAUCACCCUAGACGGAGUCCACGUCAACUUAUCUAAAGAAGUGUGGUCUGUUACUUAAUGAGGGUAAAGAAAACAACAUAUACUUUGUUUAUCAUCCCGGACAGGAAUUUACUGGUAUUUCGGUCUUGGCGAAUUGUAUCAUCGCGCCUGGGUGAAUUGUUCCCUAUAAAUCUCAAAGUAGUGACUUUCUGGUGCGGAAACCUACUUUGGAGCCACUGCCCGAAGGGACAUGUAGCGCAGGGCUUCGACUGUUCAAAACUUCGGAAUUCGUAUAUUUGUGAAAAAAAGGCUCAAACUGUGAACCAGAUGUUGAAAAGAUGACCAUUUAUCUUUGGAUCAUACUCUUCUUGGCACAAAGUAGUAGAGCAAUCCAUGGACUCCUGUUCACCAAGAACCCCACCAACCUCACAGUAACCCAGGGCAACAUGGCUCGCCUGGGUUGUUGCAUCGAGGGCCUGAGUGAGCCGGAGAUCGUGUGGAUGAAGGACGGGGAGAAGCUGUACAGCACGGACCAGAUGUACAUCCCCAUCGAGCAACACCACUGGGAGACCUUCCACAGUGUGAAGUCUGUCCAGCAGCAGGAUGCAGGGAAGUACUGGUGUGAGGUAGAGUUCCAUGGCUUGACCAUCUCCUCUGAGCCCGCCUGGAUAACAGUCGAGGGUGUCCCCAACUUUAUACUUGAGCCCCAAGAUGUAGCCACGUUCCCUGGGUUGCCCUUUAACCUGACGUGUGCUGCUGUGGGCCCCCCGGACCCUGUGGAGGUGCUCUGGUGGCUGGGGGGAGUACAGAAGGGUGAUGCCACCUCCUCGCCAUCUGUACUCCAUGUUAACGGUGUGAAUAACAGCAUCAAGUUCUACUGCGAAGCCAGGAAUGCCAGAGGUAUCUCAGUAUCGCGAACAGGCACUGUGCACAUUAAAGACCUCCCAGCAGCCCCUAAAGGUGUGCAGGUGGUCCACAUGGUGGAGAAUAAUGUCACGCUGGCCUGGAGCCCUGGCUUCAACGGACACUCUGACCUGUCGGCCUGCACCAUCCAGAUGUCUAAGAACUCUGGUAGGAAGGUGGACCUUCUGGACCAGCGUGUAAAGGUUCCACCAUUCCAACAGAUCCUCAGUGGGCUGAGCUGCUACUCCAACUACAGCGUUAGAGUGUGCUGUGACAAUGAGGUUGGGACCUCCCUAUUCUCUGGCUGGCUGGACUUUCAGACACCAGAAGCAGUGCCCUCUGCUGCCCCCCGGAACCUGACCUUUGACCUAACAGAGCAGCAGCUGUCCAUGAACUGGGCGACCUUGGAGGACGAUGAGCUGCAGGGAAAACUGAUGGCCUACAAAGUCCAGUGGAACCUGGGAGGAGAAGGACAGGAGGCUCUGUUCUUUAAAGAGAAUGUGGCCCACUUGUCUGGUGGAGGUCGUUUCUUCAACGCCACCUUCCAGGUGUCAGCGUGUACAGUGGCUGGUUGUGGGCCCUGGAGCCAGCCUGUACUGGUCAAGCCCGCCUCAGCAUUGGCAGCCCAGAUGCAGAGAGGCCAUAUGUGGGUGGGUCUUCUGUUGGGCCUGCUGGUGGCCACCGUGGUGGGGCUUCUCUUGACAGUCCUAGUGCACCGCAGAGGGAAGGAGACACAGUUUGGGUCUGUCUUCAAGCCCCCAGGGAAUGAGCGCUUGGUGUCUUUCACUGCAGCCAGGUCAUUCAACAGGACCUGCCCCGAGCUCCCAGAAUCUAGCUUGGACAGCUUGGGUAUCAGUAACGAUCUAAAGGCCAAACUGCAAGACGUCCUGAUCCCAGAAAGACUACUGACCCUCGGACACAUGCUGGGAAAAGGUGAGUUUGGCUCAGUGCGUGAGGCCUUCCUAAAGAUGGAGGACAGUACUGUACAGAAAGUUGCAGUGAAGGUGCUCAAAACGGAUAUCAACUCAUCAUGUGAUAUUGAACAGUGCCUGAAGGAGGCUUCUCAUAUGAAGGACUUCGAUCAUCCCAAUGUCAUCCAGCUCAUUGGAGUGAGUUUGCACAGUCGGCCUCAGCAACGGUUGCCCAUCCCCAUGGUUAUCCUGCCAUUCAUGAAGCACGGGGACCUUCACACAUUUCUGCUCUUGUCCCGCCUUGGAGACGAGCCCUUUACCGUGUCACUGCAGAUGCUCAUACAGUUCAUGUUGGACAUCGCUCGUGGAAUGGCGUACCUGAGCAACAAAAGCAUCAUACACAGAGAUCUGGCUGCGCGCAACUGCAUGCUUAGUGAAAACUUGACAGUCUGUGUGGCAGACUUUGGGCUGUCAAAGAAAAUCUACAGUGGCGACUACUACAGACAAGGAUCUGUCUCAAAGCUGCCUGUCAAGUGGAUAGCACUGGAGAGCCUUGCUGACAAUGUCUACACUACUCAGAGUGAUGUGUGGGCGUUUGGAGUCACCAUGUGGGAGAUCAUGGCACGGGGGCAGACCCCCUACCCCGGCGUGGAGAACUCCGAAAUCUACGAGUACCUCAUCAAGGGAGAGAGGCUCAAACAGCCACCUGACUGCCGAGACGACAUUUACGAGAUCAUGCAUAGCUGCUGGAGCCCUGUUCCCAAGUGCCGCCCCAGUUUCCUCCACCUGAUUGACCAGCUGGAAGGGCUGUGGGCCAGCCUAUCCCCAGGGCCUAGCUGCAUUAAGGAGGCCCUUCUCUACGUUAACCUGGAGAAUGACAAGGGGGAGCAGGGGGCAGGGGCACUGGGCCCAAGGAAGGACCCCUCGUGGUCAGGAAUGCCCUGGCAGUGUGUGGGGAUGGAGGAAGAUGAGAGAGACUGGCUAGCGGUGUCUUCUGGGGCAGCUCUGGCUAUCGGUGGAGACUACCGCUACAUCAUUGGCCCUACCUGUAAUGGCACUGAAGAGGACGGUGGGAGGCAGGGGGACUCGAUGGAUACCUUGCAGCAAGAAGUUAGGGAUGAGGACGCGUUCAUUAAUGUGUGAUUUUUAUAUUUCGACCACCAUGCUGCCUCCUGCCCUGUCCUCGUGUACAGAUUUCAGACUGGCAAGUUGGUUGUGGAGGGUUGGUCACUCACUACUGUCCUCUAGUGAAGUUUCUGAAAACGAACGGACGCUUACUAGCAUGACUUAAUGGAGCAGAAUUGGAUUGAAGUUCAUAUCUCAAUUAACUUUUCUACCCAUUUUAUUUCCAGUUAUUCUGUCUUUUUGUACAUUAAACUAUGACUUUACACCAA